AUGAACGGCGUGGAUCCCCGCAGUCUGCAGCGCGGCAUGGCGGCGGCGGAAGAACUCCACGCGGCCGGUCACUCCCGCCACGCCGUCGCCGCUCUUCUCGCACUUCUCCGCCCGGCCCUCCUGCCGCCGCACUGCAGGCGCGACGAGAUCCGCUGCCGCGUGCGGGCCGCCGAGAUUCUCUUCACAAUGGCGACUAGUGCCAGUCAUGGAAAUAGCAAUAGCCACAGGGACGGGAGUAGUCGUUGCAGCCAUGCGAGUAACAGAAAUAGUGUGCCGGCGAAUGUGGCUCGAUUGGAUUUGGUGCAGUCUGUGCUCUCCCCCAUGUUCUCCACCCGCCGCUACUUUGAGAGUGUUGUGAUUCGCCCGCUGCUGUGGAAAGAGAGUCCAUCGCAGCACGUGGAGGAUGUGGAUGAAGACAGUCGUUUACUGCCGCUGGCGCUACUCCUGCGGGCGUACGUGUUGUCUGCGGAGCUGCAGCGGCGGCGGCUGCGAUACGCACAGGCGGUGAAAUACAUUGAGGCCGCCCAGCAGUGGUGUGCGGUGGUGUUUGCUCCUCCCAUCCACACUGCCGUUGAGAAGUCUACGGGUAUACAGAUCCAACAACAACAAGAACAAGAACAACAAUGGGAAGAAGAACGGCGUUGCUGUGAGGCUUUUCUCUCUGUGGAGCUCUGUCGAGUCUAUUACGCACAGUUUAUGAGUGCAGGAACACCCAUCAACGCUCAUUAUAUUCCCAACACAGCCGCCGUACACAAUACACGCAUGCAGGCCAUACAGUCUCUAUUACGUUAUGCAGGAAAGUACGCUCAUUACAUGAAACCUACUAGUUCAGUAUUUAAAAAAGAAGAAGAAGAAAGAAAAGAAGUCUCUCUGUGGUGUCUCUCUUCUCCAUUGAAUUCUUUUUCUAUUCAAGCAGCCGCACGUGUGUUGUGUCACUUUUACUACACCGCACUCUUCUUGGAUCACCGCCUAGAGGCGGCUGUACAUCACAUGCGGCAAUGUGAAGUACUCUUUGGAGUUUCUCCUGAGUUGCAAUGUGUACAAGAUCUUUUAACGGGAGUCCAUCGUGGACUUAUUAGCAGUAAUGAGAAGAAUUCAGGAGUGAAGCGACAGCGUAGUGAUGAUAAUAGUGAUAAUAGUGUAGAACCAAAUAAUGUUAACAAUACGAAUGAUGAGGAUGAAACUCUGAAAAGGGAAAAUACUACACCCUCGUGUAGUAUGAUGAGGAUGAUGAACCUUCGCUGGGUCUCGGAUGGAUUACUAUUGUCGUUGCGAUCGUAUAUUGACUUUCACACAGCAGCCACAGCGGAGAUGCCAUCUUUUUCUUCACCACCACAGAUAUCAGGCAAUGUAUGGAAACAAAAUAAAGAAACAGAAAUAAAAAAAGAGGGUAAGGGUAUUAAUGAUGAUGAUGAGAAUGCGAAAGGAAGUAGUAGUAGUGAGAAGGUAGAUUACUUGUUUCAGAGUACCUUACAACACAUUGAUAAGCAACUCACACUAUUAACAACGACAACAACAAAUGUGCAGAAUAUUAAUUCUUCGGAUACCGAAUUUCAUUUACUCCGAAGCUUCCCUUCUACGGAUAUUCGCUUCCUCGUGCUGCUGAAGUGUGCCUCUCUUAUUACCAUGAUUAGUUACGAUCUCUCCCAACUACGACUCAGAGAAGGUCUACAACGACUAGUGCAACUACGGCGGUAUAUGAAAGUAUUCCGCAAACACACCGAAGACUAUCGUGUACAUUAUCAUCUUCUCGCCUCUCAAUUGGCCCUCACUCUAUCCCUUCGCCAUAUAGAUGGUGUAGAAUCCACACUAUCAUCCCAUCCUACCAGUAAUGAUGGUAUUUCUCAACAACGACGGUUAACAGAAAAGGAUGAAGAGGAACUCACGGCUGGGUUUGAUGUUGGAUUACCGUAUGCUCACAUUCGAGCAGCGGAGGAGGCGGCCUUAACGGCAACACAACCCUGCAGUCCAUCACUGUUGUUGUUCAUAUCAUUAAUGAAAGGGGCCGCAUUGUACCACACAACACACGUGGGAGCCACACUACAGUUAAACACAGAUGGGGGAUUCACAAUGCGGGAUUUGGCGCUACACCAGAGACACCGCUGUGGGACGGCGUUAGCAAAUGUAUUGGAAGCUCUGAAAACAAGUUUGGCUUCUGUAUCAACUACUACUACAAUAGUAAAAGAAGAAAAAGAAGAAGAAGAAAAGGAAGAAAAAGAGAUAAAGGAGGAAGGAGAAAGAGAUGUGAAGGAAGAUCAUCUUCGACAACUUCAUUGUGCCUGGACAAUCUCUAAUCAACUCCUAUUACUUCUCCUUCGUGGUGUGACGGCCAUGACGGAAGAAAAGGAUGAACCCACUGCUAUCUGCACAUUUAAAGAAGCAUUAGAAAAAGCUAUACAGUACUUUGGUAUGCAGAGUAGCAUUACGGCAGAGUGUCUCUAUCUACUUGCACUUGCAUACAGAGAGUAUGAACAGGUGGAACUACAACCUCCAAAGGAAUCUAUGUCAUCAUCAACGGUGAUGAACUUAUCAACAUUACCUUCUGGGUUGUCAUGUAAGAAGGAGAAUUGUGUGGAUGAAGUUCUUGCCUCAACUGAGCAUGCCCAACAGACGUUUUUAUUUGCUUGGUUGCUGGCUUCUCAGAAAAGUCGGUUAGCGAAACUCCACUGUGUGUUGAAUAUACAAGGGGAUAAUAAUAAUAAUAAAGACUACAGAGGCAUUCUGGAAGAGUGUAAUAUGGAGGUACGACACAUCUGUUCGUCAAUGCAAGAAGAAUUAUUAGAAGUUCUCUCGUUGUAG